AACGUCGACCAGGACGCAUUGUUUUUCCUGAAGGACUUUUUCAGCAAUUUGGCUUCCUUUGUUAACCCUUACCUGCCUGUGGACCCUGCAACUGAAGUGAAGGCAGACCCCUACCAGAAGGCCUCAGAGGAGACGGAGUCAGCCGCUGGUCUGGGACCUGACCUCACAGCUUCUGUGGAAACUACCUUCAGCGAGCAGAGCUCCUCCUCUGCUGGCUCCACCUCCUCCUCCGACCAGCCAAUCUACUUCCGGGAGUUCCGAUUCACCUCUGAAGUGCCUAUUUGGCUGGACUAUCAGGGCAAGCAUGUCGCCAUUGAACAGGGAACGUUUGCAGGGAUUCUGAUCGGUCUGGCCCAGUUAAACUGUUCUGAGUUGAAGCUGAAGAGGCUCUGCUGCAGACACGGUCUCCUCGGUGUGGACAAAGUGAUCCAGUAUGCCGUCACAGAGUGGCUGACGGACAUCAGGAAGAAUCAGCUGCCGGGCAUUCUGGGAGGUGUUGGCCCCAUGCACUCGGUUGUCCAGCUGUUCCAUGGAGUGAGGGAUCUGUUCUGGUUGCCCAUAGAGCAGUACAGGAAGGAUGGACGCAUUAUUAGAGGUCUCCAGAGGGGGGCAGCAUCCUUUGGUACCUCCACAGCAUCAGCUGCUCUGGAGCUCAGCAACAGGCUGGUGCAGGCCAUACAGGCCACAGCAGAGACGGUGUAUGACAUCCUGUCUCCAACUCCACCCCUGAACCGCUUUGCCAUCACAGAAGGCCGGGCCCCCUCGAACAGGCCCCGCAGAGCUGCUCAACCUGCAGACCUCCGAGAAGGUGUGGCCAAGGCCUAUGACACUGUCAGAGAGGGAGUGAUUGACACAGCUCAGACCUUGUGCGAUGUAGCAUCCCGCGGCCACGAACAGAAGGGUCUACCCGGCGCUGUGGGCGGCGUCCUGCGGCAGAUCCCACCCACUGUGGUCCGACCCUUAAUAGUGGCCUCUGAAGCCACUUCCAAUCUUCUCGGGGGCAUGCGGAACCAGAUCAAACCAGACGCCCGGAAGGAGGAUUUCCUGAAGUGGCGCACGGAUGAUGGCCAAGAAUGAAGACAACUUUUUUUUGUCUGUGUGAGAGAGAGAAAGUGUGUUUGUGUGUGCAAUUAUGACUUGUGGAAGUCUCGGCUAAAGGAGAAAAUCUAGGGUUUGAAUGUGUAUUUGCAUGUGUGUAUGGACUAAUGAGAGUCAGUGUUGGCUCCAAUGCAAAAACAAAGCAACGACUAACGACUACUGCAGUUACUGACACCCAGUGUUUUAUGUGGCUCCAUCAUACAUGGACUUAACCAGAUUUAAUCAUUCUGUUUGCAUUUGGCAAGAGCUCUCCUCAUAUUCCUCCCCUCAGUGAGAUACUAGUCUGCAGAUUCUCCUUACUGUCUGUGCAAACAUAUCACCGUCACUCUCAACAGUUCAUUUUCAAUCCAACCAAGGGCAGAUAGGAUUAUCACUCAAGGUUUACUUAUGUAUUGUGGGCACUCCAUGUACUCUGAAUUGUGCUGCUUCAAACUGUUUGUAUUCUUAUUUAAAGUAAUGCUUUCUGGCACAAUUUCACCUUCUUCCAAGGUCCAUGGAGAAGAAGUAAGAGGAAGUAGGAAGAAGGUGAACUUAUGUCAGAAAUUCCUUCUCUUUGUAUUCCAAUUCACCCAUCACUAGCUGCGAACAGUAUACCUUUUAUGGGUGCAUUAUGUGAUGUGUUGUCCAGUGAUGCUCGUAGUAGAGACAGGGAGAUAUUUUAAUGAAGUGUCCUUUGCUAACACCCUCUAGAUGGUUUUCACCCUCACUUCACAACACAACACAUUGUCAUUGGUUCAGCUUUGGUUCACCCUCCCUGCUACUGUCAAGUAUACUGGCUCAUAUGGAUACAUACCUGACUGAGAACAAGUUUCCUGACUAAAAAGAUAAACAGAUCACACGAAGCCUGUAAACUCUGUAGCGCAUUGGAUUAUUUUAAAGUUUCACAAAGUCAAGAUAGACUUCAGUUGUCUGUAACUCAGACAGUUCUCCAGAUAUUAGCCGGUGGUUCUUCCUUCUGCAUUGCAGCUCAUUUGUGCUUCGGUUUCCAUCAACAGUUAAAGACUGAGAUCUGGAUAACUCUUCUCGGUCUUCAGAAUUGCUUUUCUCUCUUCUUUAGUUGCCUUCCUGCAUUUUUUUAUGUUUCUUUAUUUGUUUUUUAUUCUGUUAAAACAUUUAAGUAUUGUCAUACUCGUUUUCAAAAUAAGAGUUGAAAGGAUGUGAAUCUGGUGACGAUGGAGGAUGAAAAAUUUAGUGUUUUGUGGUUAAAAAAAAAAAGUUUUACAUUUUUAUCUUUUUUGUUUAAGAGUAAGGUGUGUGUGUGUGUGUGUGUGUGUGUGUGUGUGUGUGUGUGUGUGUGUGUGUGUGUGUG